UCAGAUCCCUUCCUUUGAUUCAUCAGUUCGUUUCAAUAUGCGUUGCUCACUGUUUCUUAGUUUUGCAUUCUUGGUAUUUGUGAGUGCACAAACACUGCCAACCAAAGAUGAAGUUACAUUGAAGGAAUUGAAGGCGCUUGGUGAAAAUCUACGACGAACAACAUUGGACUCCGAAUUGAGCAAUAGGCUUGUAGUGGCUCAAUUGAUAAUAGAUUCUCAGGUUGCUCCUCCAUCGGUUAUCGACAGCAUGAGAGCAUUCAUUGCCGAAUGGCGUCCGGUGUUAACACGUGUCACUUUCGAAGACUUUGCCAAGUUUAGUGUGGAUUUCCCGAAAAUGCUGGACUUAAAGGAUGGCAACACAUACAAGGAUGAUAAUGGUGGACUUAACUACUACACUAAGGGUGGUUUUAGUAGCAUAAAAUCCAAGAUUGAGCGUGAGGAUGGCGAUCGGCUAACCAGCUACAAGGAUAUUGCAAUUCUGAAGAUGACCGAACUCAGCCAGGAAACCAAGCAAGGCAACACUCCGUUGAUGAAUGCCUUCAAUAAUUUUGUCAAUCAAAAGAAGUUACGAGUUCGUAAUUUCUUUACAUUUCUUAAAGAGCUUCGGCAAUACUAG